CAGCAUCCUGCGCGCUGUUGUGUGUGCGGUCAAGAUGGCGGACGAAGAAAACACACUAACUGUGAGGAUAAUUUACUUGCUAUGAAUUGGGAUUACAAUGGUAAACCGAAUAAAAUCUGCAAUGUCUCGGAGAUAACUAGCUGGGAUGUUUGUUGUUAGCAGUGUACUAUGUCUAGGAACGUUUUGCUGAGCAUUCUCCAGCUCUAUCUAGCUGAAAACAUAGCAGAUAGCUAACGACUAGCUUGCUAAUGCUAGCAAAGUCGUUACAGCAGUAACUGUUGACGUUACAGCUCUAAUUGGGUCAUGGCUAAAAUGUUUUUGUCAAAUAACGAAAGACAACAAAAGUUGGAAUGUUUUGCAUUUUAGCUAACCCUAACCCUUUUCCUAAUCUUAACCACAUUAUCCUAACCUGCUACAGUAAUACGUUUGCUUAGCUAGCCAAUUAGCUAAACUCACGAAAUUAAUGUCAUAACGUUAUUUUUCGAAAUCAAGGGGUAUGCCUUUAGUCCAUCCGUAGAAAUUCAAUUCAAAUAGUUCAAAGAUGUUUCUUGCGUUCUUAAUGACGCCCAAUAUUACUGGACGCCACAAGCAGAUGUGAAGUCGUCAUUAUUAGUCGGCGACACGUUGUUAUUGUUGUUGGACAGCAAACAUGGCGGAUGAAAGUGUUGCUGGAGCCAGCCUUCUUAAGCUUCCAGUGGCCUCUGAGCUGAAGAAACGCCAGGCUCCAAAAGCUCCGGAACUUCCCAUUCUGGAGAGGAGGAACUGGCUCAUCCACCUGCACUACAUCCGCAAAGACUAUGAGACCUGCAAGGCAAUGAUCAAAGACCAGCUACAGGAAACCCAGGGAAUGUGUGAAUAUGCCAUAUACGUACAAGCACUAAUCUUGCGUCUGGAGGGGCAGAUCCAGCCGUCCCUGGAGUUGUUCCAGAGCUGUGCCAUCCUCAAUCCCACCAGCUCCGACAACCUCAAACAAGUAGCCCGAUCGCUUUUUCUGCUUGGGAAACACAAGGCAGCCAUUGAGGUUUAUCAUGAAGCCGGGAAGCUCAAUGAGAAAGACUGGGAGAUCAACCAUAAUCUGGGUGUAUGCUAUUCCUUCAUAAAAGACUUCCAAAAUUCUGAAGAGCAGUUGAAUGCAGCCUUGCAGUUGAAAAAACACGACAGGACAUUCAUGACACUGGGAAAGGUCCACUUGUUGGCGGGAGACACGGACAAAGCCAUCGAAGUGUACAAGAGUGCAGUUGAUUUCUCUCCAGAGAAUGCAGAGUUGCUGACCACUCUGGGGCUCCUGUAUCUGCAGCUGGGAAAAUACCAAAAAGCAUUUGAACAUCUCGGGAAUGCACUUACUUACGACCCUAAUAACUAUAAGGCCAUCCUGGCAGCAGGCAGUAUGAUGCAGACCCAUGGGGACUUUGAUGUGGCCAUGAACAAGUACCGCGUGGCAGCAUGCAUGGUCCCCGAGAGCCCCCCGCUCUGGAACAACAUCGGCAUGUGCUUCUUCGGCAAGAAGAAAUAUGUAGCAGCCAUCAGCUGUCUGAAGCGGGCCCACUACCUGUCUCCGUUUGACUGGAAGGUGCUGUACAACCUGGGCCUGGUGCACCUCACCAUGCAGCAGUAUGCCUCUGCCUUCCUCUUCCUCAGUGCUGCCACCAACCUGCAGCCCCGCCUGGGAGAACUCUACAUGCUGCUAGCAGUUGCACUGACCAAUCUGGAGGACGUGGACAAUGCCAGGAGAUCCUAUGAACAAGCUGUGGCUUUAGACCAGUCCAACCCUCUGGUCAACCUGAACUUUGCCAUUCUGCUCUACAACCACGGGGACAAGAACGGAGCCCUGCAACAGUACCAGGAGUUGGAAAGGAAAGUGAACAUACUGAAGGACAGCAACACUGAGUUUGACCCUGAGCUGAUGGACAUGGCUCAGAAGAUGGCCGCUGCCUUGCAGGUGGGAGAGAGCCUGGAGUGGACCAAGCCGGUCAAAGACCCCAAGUCUAAGCAGCGCUCGGCGGGGGCCACAAGUAAAGCCCCUGGCAGCUCCCAGCAGCCCCUAGGCACCAACCAGGCCCUGGAGCAGGCCAUGUCCUCCGCCGCAAGCUACAACAAGAGCAUCACACUCCCCACAGUUUCUAACACCUGUCUCUCAGGAGUGUCCCCCCACAGCCAGCCCAAGCCCCCCUCCCUGCCCUUGGAGGAGGAGCCUGAUGUGGAGACCACCCCCACCUCGCCUGACGACCCCUCCCGAGCCCCCCAGCCAGAGGAGUCAGACCCCUCCACCACCCUGCCCCCUCUGGCAGCCAAGCCCAAAGUCAAGAAGAGCAAGUUGAAGCAAGAGCUGAACUAAACUAGUCCCCAGGCCUGUAGUGUAUCACUCAGCCUAUCUAGUCCCCAGGCCUGUAGUGUAUCACUCAGCCUAUCUAGUCCCCAGGCCUGUAGUGUAUCACUCCCAGAAUGUCACUCAGCCUAUCUAGUCUACAGGCCUGUAGUGUAUCACUCCCAGAAUGUCACUCAGCCUAUCUAGUCUACAGGCCUGUAGUGUAUCACUCCCAGAAUGUCACUCAGCCUAUCUAGUCUACAGGCCUGUAGUGUAUCACUCCCAGAAUGUCACUCAGCCUAUCUAGUCUACAGGCCUGUAGUGUAUCACUCCCAGAAUGUCACUCAGCCUAUCUAGUCCCCAGGCCUGUAGUGUAUCACUCCCAGAAUGUCACUCAGCCUAUCUAGUCUACAGGCCUGUAGUGUAUCACUCCCAGAAUGUCACUCAGCCUAUCUAGUCUACAGGCCUGUAGUGCAUCACUCCCAGAAUGUCGCUCGGUCUCUGUCCGUGUUGGUUUUCAUCAAUAAUUUCUAGUCAAAGGCCACAAGGCGUUCACUAGCUUUUUGAUUUAGCUUGUUACAAAGUGCUUCAUGUUGCACUUUCUUCUUAGCCGUAUUGCUCUGAGUGGGCAAUGGUCUUACUAACCAAGGUGAGCCAGUCUAGUGACAGAGGUGUCGUAAUGAGUUGACUUCCUGAUCAUCAAAGGCCUUGACAUGAUCUCUUUUCAGUACGUUUCAGAUACUUCCUGUGUUCAACUUUCUCUAUAUGUCUGUGCCAUCUGUUAACAUGCAGUGUCAAAUGCAGCACAUGCUUUUUUAUUUAGCCUUGGUGAGAGUGGCACAUCUGGAUUGUCAUUUAUAAUUACACUAAAUAUACAUUCCUCCAUUUUAAGUAACCUCAGUAAUAUAUGACAAUCAUGAAUGAGAUGAGGGAAAGAAGGAUUGUAGUGUUUUAUACCUAUACAAUAUGGCUUGAUUGAUCAAGGGCCUUUUUUUUACUAUUGUUGAAUUUUAAGAUGUUUAGAAAUUGUGAUGUUUGCCUUGUUGACAGAAUAGAUGUAUUUAUUGUUGCAAAAUCCAAAGAGUCAUGAAGGUGAUUGAUAAUGUUGUGCUCUUUAUUUUAGUCACAGUAGUGUUCAGUUAAAUGGAACACAGUUGGGUACACCAUGCUAGCAUGAUGAGUAGCCUUGUCAAAGACUAAAGACUUGAUUUAGUUCCCCAAGCUAAGGCCUAGACUUUAGCUCAGCGGCUAACAGUUGUGGCACGCAGAAAACUCGUUCCUGUACGUGUUUGUGAACGUGCAUGUGAAAUACAGAUAACUGCCAAAAUAAAGGAAACACCAACAUAGGGGCUGCAAUGCA